UCCUUAACUCACUGAUCGAGGCCAGGGAUCGAACCUCAACCUCCUGGUUCCUAGUUGGAUUCGUUAACCACUGAGCCACAUGGGAAAUCCUCUGUCCCCUUUUAUGUUUUUAUAAUUUAGGGAGGGAGAAAUUCAACCGGUACUUGAAAUUCUGAGUCAUUAAUUGAAUUAACUCAUUAGUCAUUUAACUUAACUCUUUCCCCAUGAUAUUAAGAGUGCAGGCUUCAUGAAAGUCUAUUUCUUUGAGUGCAUAAGCUUUGUUUGUUUUGUUUUUUGCCAUACCUGCAGCAUCUGGAAGUUCCCAGACCAGGGAUCAGACUUGGGCCAUGCUAGGUCCUUAACCCACUGAGCCACAGGGGAACUUAUAUAAGCUUUCUUUUUUUAAAAAAGCUGUUAAUAAUUAUCUACAUCAAAGUGAUUUUUUUUAAAGGUUACAUUAAAUUUUGUAACAUCUUAUUGAAGGCUAUUUCAGUCCUGCUUUCUGUAAUUUUACCCUGUUACCUUUAUUGAUCUGGGACCUGGCUGGUAUAUAGUAUGUACUUAAUAAUUAUUGAAUCAAUGAGUUUUAUUACCUAUACAGUAACAAAUAUUCUUGUAUUAUUGUAGUAGCUUUACCACUAAAGUCAUUUAUAAAUUUUACUAGCUUAAUUCUUAUAUUACUCUCAUUUUCAGAUUCUUAAAUUUAUCUUUGUUCCUAUAUAUUAAUGAAGAUUAGCCCUUCAUUUUUAAAAGUUUUAACAUUCAAAAGUUUUUCCACACUAUCAUGCCAUGUUUUAACCUUUUUAAGCUAUAUAGCCAAAAUUGUACUGAAGCCUGUCAUCUCCUGGCUUCUGUGUUUAUGAAUCAGAUUGUAACUAUUUAUUGGACUUUAGAUUUGUGGUUUCUUGAAAUAAUUUAAGUCACAUAAAAGAUGAGUCUUGUUAGGCGUUUCCUAUUUUUUAAAAGUGUGUUUGGUGUUUUAUUAUAAACAGAUUUUCUCCAAGGAAACUUUUUCCUACAGUCUCACUUCAUCAUUACUUAGGAAUGAACUCCCAUCUGCAUGUCCUAAACUCUACAUAUUUUACUAUUUGUCACUCAUGUGUGUUGGUUUUCACUUGUUUAUUUUUUCAAAGUAUUCCAGAGGUUUUGAAGUAACUCCGUUCUGACUCAGUAUUUUGCUAAUUACUAGACGUUUUGUUUAGGUAACUCUCCACCCACUUUGGGACUUGCAAACGCUUUCCCUUCCAUUGGUUCCCUUCGGCCACUGAGUACAUGAGUAAGUGUCAUAUGCAUGUGGUAUUGCUUGUCAGGGAGAGGAAUUCCAGGACUUCCUCUUGACGUAGAACAGUUAGACUUUGGUGCUUCUGGGCAGAGGAAUGGUCCUUGGGACAGUACUGCUUCCACCUAAUAAUUAUGGCAGAGAUCAGGACACAUCCCUUUGCUGCCUGUACGGUGGGGCCUCAGAAGCUGCUCUGCCCAACUUGACAGAUCACUUUGCCAGCUGUGUGGAGGAUGGAUUUGAGGGAGACAAGACUGGAGGCAGUAGUCCAGAAGCCUUGCACCGCCCCUAUGGUUGUGAUGUUGAACCCCAAGCCCUGAAUGAAGCCAUCAGGUGGAGCUCUAAGGAGAACUUGCUUGGAGCCACUGAGAGUGACCCCAAUCUCUUUGUUGCACUUUAUGAUUUUGUAGCAAGUGGUGAUAACACACUUAGUAUCACUAAAGGAGAAAAGCUACGAGUCCUUGGUUACAACCAGAAUGGUGAGUGGAGUGAAGUUCGCUCUAAGAAUGGCCAAGGCUGGGUGCCAAGCAAUUACAUCACCCCAGUGAACAGCCUGGAAAAACAUUCCUGGUACCAUGGGCCUGUGUCCCGCAGCGCAGCAGAGUACCUACUCAGCAGUCUGAUCAAUGGCAGCUUCCUGGUGCGAGAAAGUGAGAGCAGCCCCGGGCAGCUAUCAAUCUCGCUCAGGUACGAGGGGCGUGUAUAUCACUACAGGAUCAAUACCACCACAGAUGGCAAGGUGUAUGUAACUGCUGAGAGCCGCUUUAGCACCUUGGCCGAGCUUGUUCACCAUCACUCAACAGUGGCUGAUGGGCUCGUGACAACACUACACUACCCAGCACCCAAGUGUAAUAAGCCUACCGUGUAUGGUGUGUCCCCCAUCCAUGACAAAUGGGAAAUGGAACGAACAGAUAUUACCAUGAAGCACAAACUUGGGGGUGGUCAGUAUGGAGAGGUUUACGUUGGCGUCUGGAAGAAAUACAGCCUUACUGUUGCUGUGAAAACGCUGAAGGAGGAUACUAUGGAGGUGGAGGAAUUCCUAAAAGAAGCUGCAGUGAUGAAAGAAAUCAAGCAUCCUAAUCUGGUACAACUAUUAGGUGUAUGUACUUUGGAGCCACCAUUUUACAUUGUGACUGAGUACAUGCCUUAUGGGAACCUGCUUGAUUAUCUCCGAGAAUGCAACCGAGAAGAGGUAACUGCAGUUGUACUGCUUUACAUGGCCACUCAGAUUUCUUCUGCAAUGGAGUAUUUAGAAAAGAAGAAUUUCAUCCAUAGAGAUCUUGCAGCUCGUAACUGCCUCGUGGGAGAAAACCAUGUGGUAAAAGUGGCUGACUUUGGCUUAAGUAGAUUGAUGACUGGAGACACCUAUACUGCUCAUGCUGGAGCCAAAUUUCCUAUUAAAUGGACAGCACCAGAGAGUCUUGCCUACAAUACCUUCUCAAUUAAAUCUGAUGUCUGGGCUUUUGGGGUUCUCUUGUGGGAAAUUGCUACAUAUGGAAUGUCACCAUAUCCAGGUAUUGACCUGUCUCAGGUCUAUGAUCUGCUGGAAAAAGGAUAUCGAAUGGAACAACCUGAAGGAUGUCCUCCUAAGGUGUAUGAACUUAUGAGAGCAUGCUGGAAGUGGAGCCCUGCUGACAGGCCCUCUUUUGCUGAAACACAUCAAGCUUUUGAAACCAUGUUUCAUGACUCCAGCAUUUCUGAAGAGGUAGCUGAGGAGCUCGGGAGAGCAGCCUCCUCCUCAUCUGUUGUUCCAUAUCUGCCUCGAUUACCUACACUUCCUUCCAAGACCCGGACGCUGAAGAAACAGGGGGAGAACAAGGAGAAUAUCGAAGGGGCACAAGAUGCCACAGAAAAUUCUGCUUCCAGUUCAGCACCAGGGUUCAUUAGAAGUGCACAGGCCCCCAGUGGGUCCCCGGCACUGCCUCGAAAGCAAAGAGACAAGUCACCCAGCAGCCUCUUGGAAGAUGCCAAAGAGACUUGCUUCACCAGAGAUAGGAAGGGAGGCUUCUUCAGCUCCUUCAUGAAAAAGAGAAAUGCUCCCACACCCCCCAAACGCAGCAGCUCCUUCCGAGAAAUGGAGAAUCAGCCCCACAAGAAAUAUGAACUCACGGGGCUUCCAGAGCAGGAUAGGAUGGCAAUGACCCUUCCCAGGAACUGCCAGAAGUCCAAACUCCAGCUGGAAAGGACAGUGUCCACCUCUUCUCAGCCAGAAGAGAAUGGGGACAGGGCCAAUGACACGCUUCCAAAAAAACCAGAGGAAGGUGCUGCUCCAACCAGGGAGAGACCAAAAGCCAAACUUUUGCCCAGAGGAGCCACAGCUCUUCCUCUCAAAACCCCCUCUGGGGAUCCAGCCAUCACAGAGAAGGACUCUCCCGGGGUGGGGGUAGCUGGAGUGACAGCUGCCCCAAAGAGCAAGGAGAGAAAUGGUGGGGCACGGCUUGGCAUGGCUGGAGUCCCAGAGGAUGGCGAACAGACAGGCUGGUCUUCUCCAGCCAAGGCUGCAGUGGUCCUUCCAACCACUCACAACCACAAAGUGCCAGUCCUUAUCUCACCCACUCUAAAGCACACUCCAGCUGAUGUGCAGCUCAUUGGCACAGACUCUCAGGGGAAUAAAUUCAAGCUCUUAUCGGAGCAUCAGGUCACUUCCUCUGGAGACAAGGACCGACCCCGCCGGGUAAAACCAAAGUGUGCCCCACCCCCACCACCAGUGAUGAGACUACUGCCGCAUCCGUCCAUGUGCUCGGACCCGACGGAAGAGCCGACUGCCCCGACUGCAGGACAGCCCAUGUCAGAAACACAGGAAGGAGGAAAAAAGGCAGCUCCAGGGGCAGUGCCCAUCAGUGGAAAAGCUGGGAGGCCUGCAAUGCCUCCACCUCAAGUGCCUCUGCCCACAUCUUCCAUCUCGCCAGCCAAAAUGGCCAACGGCACAGCAGGUACUAAAGUGGCUCUGAGAAAAACCAAACAGGCAGCUGAGAAAAUCUCAGCUGACAAGAUCAGCAAGGAGGCCCUGCUGGAAUGUGCUGACCUACUGUCGAGUGCAAUCACGGAACCUGUGCCCAACAGCCAGCUGGUGGACACUGGACACCAGCUGCUCGACUACUGCUCAGGCUAUGUGGACUGCAUCCCCCAGACUCGCAACAAAUUUGCCUUCCGAGAGGCCGUGAGCAAACUGGAACUCAGUCUGCAGGAGCUGCAGGUGUCUUCUGCAGCUGCUGGUGUGCCCGGGGCAAACCCUGUCCUUAACAACCUACUGUCGUGCGUACAGGAAAUCAGUGAUGUGGUGCAGAGGUAGCCACUGUUAGCCGAGGGGGAAGAUGCACACAUUUCUGAGGGAAGAGGGAAAGUGACUUGUUUUCCUGUGUUCUCGUUUUCAAAAAAUGGAAGACUGGUAUUUGAGUGUGUUUCUGUGAAGUACCUCAGAUCUCUGAGUUCUCACGUUUACAGGUUCAUCUCAAAAGUAACAAAAAGCAAAACACAUAGGAGAGGGAAAAUAGGUGGGGCCAGGGCAAUUGUGGGCAGGAUCGGAAGCUGCACUGGAACAUCAGGGCCAAAGCCAGCCCAUUCUUACCAGGAGUGAUGUGAGCUGUUUAGACAGGGCUGUUCCAGCAAGGCCACAGGGACUCUAUCUAGACAGUGCAUAGGCUCUGGCGCUCAUUCUGCACCAGGCAGAAGGGAAUUAACUUGGGGCUCCAGUAGGUACUUGUGGUGAUUAUGCUCCAACUCAUCUGACGUACUGGGUGGGACAGAAGAAAGCUGGGAAUGUGCCAAGAGACGUUUCUUUCAAGGCUGUCAGAAGUGCUGUUAACCUUGAUUUCCACAAGGUCACUGCUGCAGUAAGAACUGCAAAUCAGAUGGCCAUAUAUACCAAACUGGGAAACCUGGCCUUAGUUGUAUGCUCCUGUCCUAUUUUCCAUUGGUGUGUUAAUUAGUGCAGGAAGUAAAGAAUGCUAGGAAGUAUUUUCAGAGAGAUUGGAAUCUCCUCCUAAAAUCUUAAACAUUGCUUAGAAGUUAGUUCUCCCAGUCUAUUCUAAUGGAUCAGGAUUGGCUUUCUGCUUGUUGGUGCCUAUCUGUAAACCAUAGGCAUAGGAUCUCCUUGGUGGUUCUUCUGUACUCCUUGCUGGGCAGGUGUCUCCUUUUGUUCCUGGCAGCAUUCAGGGCAUUAACCAACAUUGAUUUGAAAAUAACAGUCAUGUACAGGUCUCACAGGAAAAUCCUUUUCUGAUACAGUGGCCCUGCACAUCGACAUACUGGCCAAGGACUUGAGCAGCUGGCUAUUUCUUUAUCAACUAAAAUACUAGGGAGAGGGUCUCUUCUCGAAACCCAGCGGUUGGCCUAGGGGUCCGUGACUGAGAGGAGAGGCUGGCUGAGUUCUCAUGGCUGUUCCUCUGUAACCUUUCCCCUCCCAUAUCACCUCAGACCCAGUCUAGGCAGAGAGUAGGGAGAAUCCUUCACUCACUCUUUAUGGAUUCAAAUGAAUCCCUCUAAAUUAUCUUCACAUGCUUUUCUCCUCUCACGUGUCCCCCUCUCCCCCCAAUUGUUGUGCUUGUGUGUAAAGAUCACUUUGGGAAUAUUCUUUGAUAUUUAUUUUAUUAUUUCACCUCUUUCAAGAAUGAAUAAUUAAAGGAGCAGGUCACUUUCAGGGGACAUCAGUUAGAUUCUGAAAACCUGAUGAUUCCUUUUCCUUCCCUGUUUAGUAAUUAUGGAAGCUAAUUAGGAUUGUUUCCUAAUUUGGAACCAAAUCUUACAGGUUAAAUACUAAUACUUUUGAUAUCAGGUCUAAUUCCCAUGACCACUUCAUUCCUUUUGUUAAAACUUUAUGUCCCCUCCAUCCCCCUGUCCAAGGAGUACCCAGUUUAAAAAAAAUAAAAUUAUUUUUUCCUCCCAAAGGAGUAUUAAGUUAGGAAGAUAAGAAUUCAACAUUGAUGAACAGUGAACUUUCUUCCUGGCUCUGUCAUCAAUCCACUGUCAGGCCUUAGCCCCAUCUCUUAAUCUAUUAAGUGGAGGUAAUGAUACAUAUUCUCAAGGGUGUUUUGCAAAUAAGUGUAUAGUUAUCCCUUUGAGAGCCUCUCGGGAAAGCUCUUUAGUACAGUAUUAUGUUGAAUACAAGUUUUUCAUUUUUUUUUUUGGCUCAGUUGCAGAUAAUGAAAAUGAAGACUGCUGAGAUUAUAUUGAUGGGGCUAGAAUACCAAGGGGGGAAACUGUUUUGGACACAGUUUGGCAUCUUUGACCAAGGAGGAAAUUUGGUUUUCAUUAGAAAGAAAGGAGACCUUGAUUCCUACCUUGCAUGUUCCAAAGGAGUCCCAGGCCAGGAGAAGAAUACAAAGGGGGAGGAGACAGUAUGGGCAUUCCCUUCAGGGGUCGGGUGAUUGCUGUCUAUUAGCGCAGGCAGCGAGUGAUCUGGCUAAUCUCCUUGUAACGGGUGGAAGAGAAGACAGAAUUCCCUUUAACUUGGAAUUAAAAACCAACAGGCCUCCUCCUACCUUCUUCUUUGCCACUUUCCUUCAUAUAUUUCCAUAAACUUGAAAUUGUUUUCUUUUUUGACCACCCGCGCGCGGUAUAUGGAGUUCUUGGGUUGGGAGUCAGAUCUGAGCUGCAGUUGCAACCUACAUUGCAGUUGUGGCAACACCAGAUCCAUUAACCCACUACAAUGGGCCAGGGAUUGAACCUGUGAUCUGCACUGCUGCAGUCAGGUUCUUAACCCACUGCGCCACAGCAGGAACUCUUUUUAGCAAUUAACCUGUUAAGGGUGGGGCAGGGAAAGCUAAUACUUUAGGAUAUGAUUAUGCUGCUUUUUAAGUUUAUCCCUGUCAUUGUGGAUGCAAGUUGAGGGAUUAUAAUUGUUUUUCAGGUUUUUGGGUUUUUUUUUUUUUUUUUUUUUUUUUUAAAACAAGGGAUCUUUCCUUGAGAGCUCUGAAAAUAAGCCUUGGAGGAACACUACUGAGUGUAUUUAAGCUGCCUGGUUUUCUCACCAUAGAACAGUCCUUGAGGGUGGGGACUGGGGCUUACUCAGGGGCAGCACCUGGCUCUGUCUCGUCUGCAGUAGGUGCACAGUAUGUUCAUGAACUGAAUUGAUUUUCUUUCAACGCUGUCAGGAGUAGCUGACUGUUGUAGCACACGCCCCAUCCACAUGAUGCUUUAACUGUGUAACUUCAGGAGUUGAGGGCUCAGGGUUCAGGUUAAAGAGGCACUGUCAACUUAUGUAUAAAAGUAUAACAUGGGUUUUUCCUUUUUCUACUUGAAAAGGACCAGAUUUUAAAAAUAACCGUAUGUAAUUUAAAAGUUUGAAUUUAAAGCAGAGAAAAACUUCUGCUUUUAGAAACUAAAAUUGUAGUUUAAUGCGACCUGGUUUAAAACAGCAGGUAGCAGGAACAAAAGCCUUUCUAUAAGGUGUUGAAAACUCUCAAGUAGUUAUAUGUAUGCAUACUUCUGGGGUACCACAGCUUGAAUCUUUUCAUGUACAGAUAAUAUGAUUUCAUCUUAGAUUUGCUACCUUAAAAUGCAGUGUUUUAUGUAGACUACAUCUUGAUUGUACUUUAUGUGAAGUAUUUUCUUAAAAAGGCUUUGGGUGAAAUUAAAAUGUGUCUAUUUUCCUAGAGAUCCUCCAUUGUGAUUUUCAGAGAUGUAGCCUUAAAAAGUCCGCCCUGAGAAAUUCAUUCAGUGUUUUUCCAGAUGACCUCUAUACAUGGAGGUCCUUGGGUAGGGAGACUCUUCCCUAGCUGAAUUUUUGGGUUUAAGUUAGAAUUUUCUUACAAUUCAAUUGAAAUUUGGUUAGUAAAGUAGUGCCCGGUUCAUAAAAUGCUGACUUUGCUAAGGCUCCACCCAUAUUUAUUUAACACAGUUACAGAGAUUUAAGGAUAUAGUAUUGGUAGUGAUUAAGGGUUCAGACUCAAGUCAGUCAAGAAGGCAAGUCCCUUAACCUUCCUGGGCCUUAGUGUCCUCACUAGAAAACAGGGAUAAUAAUAGUAACUACCUCAGGGUUGUUCAAAGGAUAAAAGGAGAUAAAGUGUGUAAGAUACUUAGCUUGAGUGCCUGGCACAUAAUGAGUACUCCAUAAAUGUUAACUACUAUUAUUAUUAACAUUUACUGCAGUGAGUCUUAGGGAUAUGCAACAAAAUUUUCUGGUAUUUAAAAAAAAAAAAAAAAACCCACCAAAAAACCCUGAUACAUUGGCAUCACCCCAGAUCAGAAUUCCCUGUGGGGUUGAAUCUCAGCCAGUGUAUUUUCCAAGAAUCCCUCCAGGUAUUUCAGACACCCAGCACUAUGUGAACACUAGCAACACCCCAAAGCUUUGCUUUACAGCUUAAGAAAUUGGGAGAGAAGAUGGUUAAGUUACUUGCCCGUUAUCUCAGAGCAGUUAAUUAGCAGCAGAGCCAAGGCUAGAGAUCAGGUCUAUGUAUUUUCUUGUGGGGUCUUGCCACCAUUGCUGCUGCCUCUUGUGAGACGCUAGAAAAAAAAAAAAAAAAAAAAAAAGUGCCUCAGAUAGACAAUCAGUCUGCACGGUGCUGCACACUUUCUGAAGCACACGUUCCUGGCACUCUCUGACCUUAAGAGCCUUGGAUGUUGAGUAAUGGUAAUACUAGCAAAGUAGGCAUUCAGUAGAACUCAGUAAUUUAAAAAAUUAUAUGGGGUCAUUCUUUUGGACAGACCUCAGCGACAUAGCAAUCUGCACUUUGUAAUAAAGAAAUAACAACUUAAGUUUUAAAAAAGCUAGUCUGCAUUCCUUUUUCUUAAAAACAAAACUUUAUUGUUCCAUGUCAUUUUAAUAACUGAGAUAAUGUAUAAGAAAGCACUUUGAGAAAAGUAUCAAAUGUAAUAUAAGGUGGUAUUAUUAUGGUCUAUUUAGAAGAUAAAGCAGUUAAUGAGUUGCUGAUUGACUUAGAAGCUUUUGCCUGUGGAGGACCUGAAAACGCAAAUAUAUAAACAAUCAGCUCUGUAAUUUAUAACACUUAUUAAUAUGGAACUGCUAAACGAAUACGUGCUGGUAUAGUAAGUGUUUUGCUAAAAUUAUUAGCUCAGCACUGAAUAACUGCAGAAAACUAGGGACCAAUGUUUUGGUUUAAUUUUAAUCUUUAAAAAGUAGUAAUGUGUACUCCAGAACAAAGAAGUUCUCCAGGGACCUUGACUCAAGAAGAAUGAGGCCCUCUCACCUUUGAACAUUUGUUCACCAGAUGCUCAGCCAUUUAGUACCCUAAAUAUAGUGGGUGCAGACUUGUUACCAGUUCAUGUUGACAGUGUCUUUUUUAACCUCUGUCCUGGGUGGUUUUGUUGGGUUUCUGGGGGGGGAAAGAGGGGCAGAGAUUGGAUGGCUGUAGGACCAGUGCACUUUGGGAAUUAUUUUUCUAGGAUUUCCUGCCAGUUAGAAAUGAUCUUGACAUUCAUCAUCCAUGGGUUUUUGUUUUUGUUUUUCCUAAGAAGAGUAGCUGAACAUAACUCAUCUAUUAAAUUAUAAAAAUUCUCAAGACUAAAUUGCAUUGGUUGCCACUGUUGAGUUACAGCAUUUUGAUCCCUCCCACUCCCCUCCAUUUCUGCUACUGAUGUCAUUGUUUACCAUCAGAUGACUCCCCCAUAGGUGUUCACUUCGGGCUGACAGGGUUGUCUGCAUUUUUAUUCAUUGAUUUGGGGCUCUCAUUAUCUUGCAUUAACUUGUUCUACCUGGAUUUGGGGUCCAACUCUGUGCCCUGAGCAUCUGUUGUGACCAGUUCUUUUUAUGUAGGUAAGUUUCUCUGGACAUGAGUUUCUUCUUAUGUAUUGUUAGUCUUCAGCUCUCUGUAUCUCUGUUUUAGUUUCUGUCAAGUCAGUAUCUCAGUUCUUUUUUAAAUGCGUGCUUCAGUCCUGGAUAUGUGGCAGCAGGACAGAAAUAGAGAAAGGCAGUGCUAAGACUGCCUGUAUCUUCUGUGUGACAACACAGGGAACUUGCUGCUAGUAUAGCCUCACUGGUCAGAGAGCAAAGCCUUGGGCUGAUUCUAAAACUUGUCCCAUUCUUAACAGUCAGGAUAUUUAUAUUCUUUGGGUAAAGUUCCAGUUUUCCAACUACCAAACUUUUAAAAAUCCAAUACAAGGCUAGCUUUUUUUUUUUUUUUUUGCAAGCCAGCAGUGCCUACAGUAACAGUUACUGUUACCUGCUUUGUUGCAGCUGUUACAGUCAGAAAUCACCUGCCAUCCCCUGCCCUCCUGCAGAACCAAGGGUGGUGGGGAUGGAUUUCAGGGCUUGGGAAUGGGCUGCAUCCUGCUCCAGAGCAUCUGACCCGGUGACUGUCUUAGCUCUAGCUUGUCUUUUGUGAAGCUUACUGCAGUGUCCAAAAAGAUGAGUUUCUGUUCUGGGGCUGCUGCUUUUCAUGCCACCCACCUGAGGUGUAUGUUCUGUCUUGAAUAACAAAUGUGCAAGAUGAUACUUCUUCACUUCUGACCCAAUAGCCUAGAUAGAUAGAAAGGACCAAGAAGUUAGGGAAGACGCCACCUAUGAUGGACAAGGUAAGCAGAUCCAGUGUUUCUCCCCAGUGAGGAGGCCUGGGCAUGUCAUCGUGGUUCUGAACUGCCUUGCAGUAGUAGAGGUCAUUCCGAGAGGGCUGUGCCUUCAGAGAUGAGUUUUGUGAGUUUUGCAGAGCAGGAAAAGACGACAGCUGGGUUGAUGUUGCAUGAUGAUGGAACUAGAGUGGCUGGAAAGGAGCUUUUUGGGUAGCCAUAGCUCCGAGCCCUAGUCAGUCAGGCAUUCUCUCCACACGGGGUGCCGAUUUAGUGAACUGCUGGCUGUACUUUCCUCCAUCCACCUGGCAAGCGCGGGGGUGGGGGGACGGACGCUCUACCUGGCCCUGCCUUCCCUCUGAGUGCACUAUGUAAGUUACAAAUUUGAACUUGUCUGCCUUUCCUAGAACAAUUACAUUUUUUACCCUCUCUGUUGCUGUGUGACCUGAACACAGGAGCAAGAGCAGAUUUUCCACCCUGUAGGCCAUCUAAGGGAAAGGAUGUCUCCUUUUAAGUGGAAAGGCCGGGCCCAACAUUGUCCUCAGAGCACACUCGUACACACUGUGUCUGUUCUGUGAGAAUCUUUGUUCAUCAUUGUACUCGAAGCAGCAAGUUUCUGGGUCCUACAUGUCAUUCCAAGCUGCUGAGCUUAUGCAGGGCUUGAGAUCUGGGAUCUUUCUAGUUAACUCUUUUGGACAUGGUGAAAGUGGACUGUCAAAUGCCAGCAGGCUUUAAGAAAGGAAGUACAGAGUCUGUAUUGUUGGAGCUUGCUUAGAUUUGCUUCUGAGCCUCAGGAUAGAUGUUUUAAAUCAUUUAAGCAACAAUAAAUUCUAGUUGAAGAACGAGACUUGAGGUUAUUAAAAUUAUCACAUAUAAAAAUACUUAAGUUUUAGCUGUUCUAACAAUAAUGCAGGUAUGCCAAAUUAUCCUUGAUUCAGAAGAGACUGCAGGAUCCUGAUGCUUUAGGGUCAUUGGUGAAGAAGCCCGUGCUGUGUGUACAAUUCAGAAGUGCCAUACCAUGUGUUGUAUGUGGCAAGAAUGCCAAGGGACAGAUAAUUUCUGGUAAACGAGGGCUGGAUAACCAGCCUUCCUCGCUUUUGACAAGCCAUUUUUCACUGUGGUCUCUGUUCUUGGACUCCAUUAUGGGGGCAGUUGGCUGAGAGCUUGAGGAGUCACCUUGGUGAGGCUGUUCGUCCUUCAGAGAAAUUAGUAUUCAGCAACUAGAAGGAACAGUGAGGUGUUCAUAGUUCUUGAAGGGUGUAUGUUUGAAAACCCUCCUAUUUCUGAUCUGUGUAGAGGGUACAUGUGGUGUCCACGUUAUGUACAUCCAUUGUCGUUGAGCUAGCAAAGGAGGGGAGUGAGCGUGAGAGGAGUCACUCCGAUCUUUCCCUGUGGUGAACGGCACCUGUGCCCUGGUUAACAGGUUUGGCAUCAGGAGGCCGGCUGAGCUCUUCACAUGUGCUCAUAACCCACCUCCCCACCCCCAGUCCCCUGGUAGACCCCACACUUUUCCUUCUUUGCAAUCUGAUUUUGUCAUGACUAUCAGUGGGGAAGCCCCAGUUUUAUGUUCAUUUGGCAAAAAUAAAUUUGAAUGCUUCAUGGUGGUUGAUAUGGAACUUUGACCUUAAAACACAUGAUUCAGAUUCCUUAAAACUUGUUUGUUCAUACCAAAGGUCAGGCUCUGCAGAUGUGUGUGUGGUGGGUGCAUAGAACGGGGAGGUCUGGGGGGCCUGGCCCUGUGCGCGUUACUAAGGGGGACACAGUGAGACAGUAUGGGAUUUAAUUGAAAACACAUCACUUAUGGGUCACACUACCAGUGUUGUCAGGUAUUUGUUCUUAAUUGUUAUUGUAGUAUAUUUUCCGGUGUUUUAUUGUUCUAAUUUAAUACUUUCACCCUGUCGUCUGACUGUGAACUGCUAACAGUGUUAAACUUGAUGUAAAUAAAUGAGGCCCUUGAAAGGGGACUGCUCUCUGCCUGUUGUCUCACAAGGCUUGCCAACUUGUGUUUUAUUUUAAAUAAAGGUUGCAAUAUUUUAUUGGCAA